CUCCCAGCAAAUGGGAGAGCAAGUCUAAAACAUGUUGCAUAUCAGUGCUGUUGUGCUGUGAUGUUGCUCAGGCAGAGCCCGGCGCAGAGCAAGCAACCUUGUGGAACAGUACUCAGACCCAGGAUUGGCCCAGCCUUCACAGAGCUGGAGACCCUCUCCCCACAACAUCCCUCGCCUCCGCUGCGUGCCCCUCUCAGUGACAUGUACCCCGAAGAGAGCCGGGGGUCCGGAGGGGGAGCCACUGUGGACUUUCUGGAAGGGACCUACGAUUAUGUCGCCCCCACCCCUGUCCCAACUCCUCUUUACAGCCACUCAGGCUACUACUCUGCACCUCUGGAUGCACAAGGGCCACCCUCAGAUGGCAGCCUUCAGUCCCUGGGGAGUGGGCCUACCAGUCCUCUUGUGUUUGUGCCGUCCAGCCCCAGACUCAGCCCCUUUAUGCACCCGCCCAGCCACCACUAUCUGGAAACCACCUCAACACCAGUCUACAGGUCAAGUGUCCUCUCCAGCCAGCAGCCAGUUCCCAGAGAGGACCAGUGUGCCACCAGUGACGAGUCCUACUGUGUGGGGGAGUCAGGGGCUGGAGCCGGGGGGUUUGAGAUGGCCAAGGAGAUGCGUUUCUGUGCCGUGUGCAGUGACUAUGCCUCUGGGUACCACUACGGGGUGUGGUCCUGUGAGGGCUGCAAGGCCUUCUUUAAGAGGAGCAUCCAGGGUCACAAUGACUACAUGUGCCCAGCAACCAAUCAGUGUACUAUUGACAGGAAUCGGAGGAAGAGCUGCCAGGCUUGCCGUCUUAGGAAGUGUUAUGAAGUAGGCAUGAUGAAAGGAGGUGUGCGCAAGGACCGUGGCCGUGUUUUGCGCCGUGACAAACGACGUGCUGGAACCAAUGACAGAGACAAGACCUCUAAGGAUCUGGAGUACAGAACAGUGCCCCCACAGGACAGGAGGAAACACAGCAGCAGCAGUGCCGGUGGUGGAGGAGGAAAAUCAUCAGUGACCGGAAUGUCUCCUGACCAGGUGCUCCUCCUGCUCCAGGGUGCUGAGCCCCCAAUGCUGUGCUCCCGUCAGAAGCUGAGCCGACCCUACACCGAGGUCACCAUAAUGACACUGCUCACCAGCAUGGCUGACAAGGAGCUGGUCCACAUGAUCACCUGGGCCAAGAAGCUUCCAGGUUUCCUGCAGCUGUCCCUCCAUGACCAGGUGCAGCUGCUGGAGAGCUCGUGGCUGGAGGUGCUGAUGAUUGGGCUCAUAUGGCGGUCCAUCCACUGCCCCGGCAAACUCAUCUUCGCACAGGACCUCAUACUGGACAGGAAUGAAGGCGACUGUGUGGAAGGCUUUGUUGAGAUCUUUGACAUGCUGCUGGCCACUGCCUCCCGCUUCCGCAUGCUCAAACUCAAACCUGAGGAGUUUGUCUGCCUCAAAGCUAUCAUCCUGCUCAACUCUGGUGCCUUCUCUUUCUGCACCGGCACAAUGGAGCCCCUCCACAACAGCGUGGCAGUGCAGAACAUGCUGGACACCAUCACAGACGCGCUCAUACAUCAUAUCAGCCAAUCAGGAUGCUCGGCUCAGCAGCAGUCGAGGCGGCAGGCCCAGCUGCUGCUCCUGCUCUCCCACAUCAGGCACAUGAGCAACAAAGGUAUGGAGCAUCUCUACAGCAUGAAGUGCAAGAACAAAGUGCCUCUGUACGACCUUCUGCUGGAGAUGCUGGACGCUCACCGCAUACACCGCCCAGACAGACCAGCUCAGUUCUGGUCCCAGGCUGACGGAGAGCCUCCCUUCAUCACCGUCAACAACUGCAACAGUAGCAGCAAUGGCGGCGUCUCCUCUUCAGUCGGUUCCAGUUCAGGACCCCGAGUCAGCCACGAGAGCCCGAGCAGAGGACCCACAGGUCCAGGAGUCCUGCAAUACGGAGGGUCCCGCUCCGACUGCACCCACAUCCUAUGAGGCCGAGCACAAGCAACAUCUGAAGGUCAAAAGUAAUUUGUACGGAUGAUGUGUGUAGUACGGAAUGAAAGAUAAAGGUUGUAUUUUAAUUAAUUUCAUGAGAUAAUUAUUUAUAAAUUAAGUGAUUUUAUAGUUGUAACUGUUUAGGGAGACUUUUUUUUUUCCUUUGCACUAUUCCAGUUCACAACAACACAAGCUUCAGUGCAGGCAAUCUACUAUGCUGCCUUUCGUAGUAUCUGUGAUUUUGAGUGAGUACAGCUUAUGUUUUCCAGGUGUUAGGUCAUAUUGUGGCACUCUGCUACGGUGAUUUGAAAUGACGAGCAGCUAAUUUGCCUCAACCAAAGUGCACUUCCUCUUGGGUUUAAGGGGGCUAAUGGGUGUUAUUUUUACUUAUUAGGAUAAGGAUAAUCAGACUCUAAACUAUGAUAAAAAACAGGUGCAAAUGAAUGUGUGAUUGAUUUUGUGUUUAAAUUCCAACAUUGUUAAAGCCUGAACGUCAGGUAUUGUGUCUGAAGCGUGCACACAAACUUUAAACUUUUGGAAAGCAAAUAUUUCUAUGAUGAAAUUCUAAAAUGAACAGUGACUAAGGAUGUAUCUGUUUAAUUCUGAGUAGAUAAAAAUUGCACAAUCCAAUCCUAGAGCACUGAUCACAUAAUGAAGGAGGCAAAACUUUCAAAGCUUUAUUAUUUGGUAACUUCACCACAUCCAGCUUUUUUGUGAAUGGUAGGUUUGCUCUGUAUGCUUACACGCAAAAAUGUUUUUUUCUUAAUUUGAGAUGUUUUAUGUGUGUCUGCAAGAGAGAGACUGAGAGAAAUCUGAGGAAAUUUGCUUUAAGUGGCCCUACAGUGGCUUUUUAUCUUGAGGCAGUUCAGAAUUUCACCCAUGUCAAAGCUACAAACAGUUACUAUUCAUCCACUAAUUCAGUGAUUACAUGUUGAGUUUGGCUGGAUUUACAAACCUCCAAAAGCCUAGUUAUCAUAAUGUAUGUGCAUAUGUAAUUGUUUUUAUUUCUGUUUAAAUGGAACGAAUUUGACCCAAUUGUAAAGAACAUAUCUAAUGUGGACCUGAUCAGGUGUUUUCUUUAUUAACUGCUUUACACUGCUAAUCACCGUUGUUAAUAAUUUGAUUUAUAUAGCUAAAUAACUUUUUCCAUGACCACUUAUCUAAGGUCUCCAAAAGAAAGCUAAUGUUUUUUCCUCAUUAUUUGGUGAUAAAAUCACACUGAAUGGUCACUGAACAAGUCCUGCUUCAUGUUUGUUUGCAUGACAACCAGCAACAUCAAACACAGCUGUGCCUGCAUUUUCUGUAUCCUCCACAUGUACAGUUGUUCAGUCACAGGUUUGUCACACACGUAUCAAAAAAAUUGCCAAAAGUUGACGUGUAGAGAAUGCAGGCAGUUAAACUUUAUGUUGCCAGAAUACAAAUGAUAAACAAAGAGAUGCAAGUUACAGUGUAGUCCUAUAUUGUGAAAUCUGAUCUGUGCCACUUAGAGAUGAUUAUGGAAAGCCUCCAUACAGGAUCAGAAAACUGGAUUUGGACAGUUGAACUGUUAAGUGCAAGUCCAGUCAAACCUGACCUGCCAUCUGUUUACUGUGCAUAAAAAUAAAAACAUUAAUUGGGAAAA